GCUCCUCCUCUGUGUUGGCUAUUGUUGUAACGCCAGCAAGCCAAUUCAGAAAUCCAUCCUUUUCCCAGCAAUUAAUGUUCCCUCGAUCAGUCAGGCUUGCCCUCUCUGGCAUUCCAUCAUUCAUCUUCCCCUCUAUAAAACCCCAUUUCUUCCUUCCAUUUCCUACAAGCCAAGCAGCAGCAGCAGCAAGCAAUGGGUUCACUUGGUCCAAGCAUCGGCAUGGGAAUGACGAAGGUGAUUCCCACUACCAACAAGCUUCAGCAGAAGCAAUUAGAACAACGCGGCUCAAGCUGCUUCCAGAUGCCACUGCACUACCCCCGCUACACCAGAGCCGACUAUGAGACGAUGCCGGAGUGGAAGCUCAACUGCCUUCUCCAGGAAUACGGCCUGCCGGCGAUAGGUGGCGUCGAUGACAAGAGGAAGUUCGCCAUGGGCGCUUUCCUCUGGUCUUGAUCACUGAACCCAUCUUCAUCGAUAUAAAUCUCUAUCUAUGUCAGACUAGUCCUACGUGCAAACUGAUCUUAGUGUGGUAAUGUAUGAGCUCUGUUGUGCAAAGAGCAUGCUCUGAGGUGCAUAAUCUAGUUUUAUGAGAAUAUUGUAGUUUUUUUUCACUUAUUGAAGACGAACUUGCAUGAAUCUA